AUGGGGGUUGGGAAUGAUUUGAAAGAUGUGUUAAUAGGACCUCUGUGGUUCACUUUCAGCGGGGAGGAGGAGGAGGAGGAGGAAGGCUCGUCCCGCGCGGCUGCUGCUCUGGGUCUCAUCCCACCGGCGUUUCCCGGGCUCUGGCAGGAGCCGACACCCUUGCCGUGCCGCUCCGCCGAGUGUCGCGUCCCUUUAAAACCCGCCUCGCUGAGCGGGCACCCGCGAUCCUUCUGGAAGAGUCGCGCUGGAGCUUUUCCUUCCUCACCCAGUCACCGUGGUUGCAUCGCGAGUGCUCCAUGCCCCUUGGCUAACUAUAGAUAUUUGGCGGUCUUAUUAAAGAAUGGAGGUUUCCUUCUCGCCGUGGUCCAGUUACGGGAUGCUUUAAUUGUAGGAAAAUUGCUCGCUUGGUAUGUGCCAUGUCUAGCUUCAAUUGAGACCCUCCAAGAAUUAUGUAGGAAGGAAAAUCUCAGAUGUAAAGCCAUUGGAAUCACCAACAAGAGUCUAAAGAGAUAUGAGGUGGAAUAUUUGUGUGACUACAAGGUAGAAGAGGGCACAAAAUACUAUCUUGUGAAAUGGAAAGGAUGGCCAGAAUCUUCAAAUACUUGGGAACCUCAGAAAAAUCUGAAUUGCCCAUUGCUUCUUCAGAACUUUCUUAGUGACAGGGAUGAAUACCUGUCUCGAUUGAGAGAAGGCAAAGCACUGAAAUUAAGAAACCACCUUAAAGCUUUGAAACCAGCAGUUACAGAUUACAUUGUAAGGAAAGCUAAGCAAAGAAUAGCUCUGAAGAGAUGGAAAGAAGAACUCAACAGGAAAAAGAACCAUAAAGCAAUGAUUCUGGUAGAAAACACUGUGGAUCUUGAAGGCCCUCCUAUAGACUUCUACUACAUUAAUGAGUAUAAACCAGCUCCAGGAAUAAAUGUAUUAAAUGGAAUAAUGACUGGCUGUGAAUGUGCUGACUGCCCGGCUGAAAAGUGCUGUCCGAAGGAGGCUGGAUUUAUUUUGGCUUACAAUAAACGUAAGAAGUUGAAAAUCCAGCCUGGCUUGCCUAUCUAUGAAUGCAAUUCAUUUUGUAGGUGUGGGCCUGACUGCCCUAAUAGGAUAGUACAGAAAGGUACACCAUAUUCUCUUUGCAUCUUCAGAACUAACAAUGGCCGUGGUUGGGGUGUAAAAACCCUCCAGACAAUUAAAACCAACAGUUUUGUGAUGGAGUAUGUUGGAGAGGUGAUUACAAGUGAGGAAGCAGAGAGACGAGGCCAGCUAUAUGACAACCAGGGAAUUACAUACUUGUUUGAUUUGGACUAUGAUUCAGAUGAAUUUACAGUAGAUGCAGCUCGAUAUGGAAAUGUGUCCCACUUUGUGAAUCACAGUUGUGAUCCAAAUCUUCAAGUCUUCAACGUCUUCAUUGAUAACCUCGACUUGCGUCUUCCUCGAAUAGCACUGUUUUCUACACGAACCAUCAAGGCUGGAGAAGAGCUCACUUUUGACUAUCAGAUGAAAGGUUCAAUAGAUCUGACUUCAGACUCUGCUGAUGGUCUUAGCCCAUCCAAAAAGAGGAUCAGAACUGUCUGUAAAUGUGGAGCUGUGUGUUGCAGAGGUUAUCUCAACUGAGUUUCAGUAUCCAAAGUCACAAAUACUUCAUUCUCUUCUAAAUGUGUUUUAAGAAGAAUCUUCUUUCACACAUAUAUUCAAGUGUUCUUACAUCUAAUGUAAAUAAAUACAGUGAAAACAAG